CUCCCUGCCAGUGCUGAGCUGUACUCAGUGCGGUAACACCAUAUUACUAAUGUGGGCUUUACAUCAUUGCGAAGGACAAAGACGCACACCUGCGACCGGAAUACAAAGAAUCCGAAUUAUGCUUGUAUAGUGUAAUAUAAUAUAUAUUUUAUGUUGGAAUUGUUGACUCCGAGUUGGAAUAUGAGAAGAAUUCCAUCUUCCCUGGUAUAUUAACUAAAAGCAAAGUAAAUAAACUACGUAAAUAUGUUUUGCUCUGCCUCACAUUACCAGCGAUCAAUUGCCUGUAUCGUGUUGCUGUGUUCCAGUAAUAUUGUUUUAGCAAAGUCGUCACAGAUUUCGGAUAUAAAAUCCAAGAUAUCUGGUGUAGAGGAGCUCCUGGAGGAAUUUCGCAAGCAGCUUCAGCAGGACCAAGCUUUGAACAGAGAGGAUGGGCUAGGGGACGUGUGCCUAAGUGGAUUCAGCGCCAUUGAGGAGCAUAUCAUCCGAGCAAAGGACUCCAUCGACCAGGGCGCUACCUUUCUGACUGCUCCCAGUCGGGUGUACAGCUGGAGGGACUGCCUUCACGCCUGCUGCGUCGACCCUCGGUGCACUGUUGCGGUGGUGCAGGAAGACCUGGAGCAGUCUGAGAGCAGCCUCAGCUGCUUUCUGUUCAACUGCACUUACAGAAAUAAAAACGUCUGUACGUUCUCCAUGCAGCAAGGGUACAGCACUUACAGUCGUCUUCACAACACCAGUGGAUACAGCAGCCCCGCCAGUUCCCAUCAAGAUUUCACUAAACAGACAAACUCCAUACGGAGGCCUCAAGAUAGACUUUCAGCUGAUGACCCGACAAUACAAGAGCUUGAUGAACCACCUCGCAGUGACGCAAGCCAGGACCUGGUGAUCCAGCUGCCCACUGACUGGGCAGUGCUGGAUGGUCGGGGCAGUGUGGAUGAUCAUGGGGUUACCCGUUAUGAGUGGGCCUUGAUCAGGGGGGACCACUCUGUCAACAUGAAGGUCACCCAGCCUGGGGUCCUAAAGCUCAGUGACCUGCAGGAGGGGUCCUACACCUUCCAGAUGACUGUCACAGACACGGUGGGACAGAGAAGCUCUGACAAUGUCACAGUCACAGUGCUGCCACCAGAACAUCAAGCAGACGUGUGUACAGGCCACUGCUCGCGCCACCAGUUUGAGUGCGACGAUGGCUGCUGCAUCGACAUCACCUACGCCUGUGAUGGAAAGCAGCAGUGCCCAGAUCGCUCCGAUGAGGCCUUCUGCACCAGCUUCGAUGGGGCCCGAAAGGCCGUGACGCACUCGUCCAGGCUACCCGCCGUGCUGAGGCCGGGGUCCCAGCUCAAAGAGUAUAACGACCAAGCCAUGAUUCUGGACGGCACCGGGAAGACAAUGGAGGAUGCAAAUCCCCCUGUUGAGUCCUACAACAGGGGUAACCCUGUCCCCCCUUCGCUGCCUCAUGUUCCCAAUGGACAGGGUGGGAGAGCAGGCUCAGAACCCUGCUCAGCGCCACCUGCUGUCGGGCCCUGCAAAGCCAUUAUCCCACGGUGGUACUACGAUCCGGCUGACGGAGCGUGCAAGCACUUCAUCUACGGGGGCUGCAAGGGCAACACCAAUAACUUCCUGCAGGAGACAGACUGCGCCGCAGAGUGCAUACAAAAACCAGGUCCUGUCGAGCAGAAGCCCACCACAGCCCAUCCACCCCAAAAACACACAGAGACUCCUUCGCCUCACCGUGUAGCCAUUUCAGAGGACAAAGUGGAGAGUGAUAUUCCCGAGUCUAAACACCAUCCUGUUUUUGGAGGACAUCCCACCCCUGCAUCAGGUGCAAUCCUGCCACUGGCUCUGGGUCUUAUCAUUACUGCUCUCCUGCUUCUCAUGGUUGGCUGUCGACUACGCUUGGUGCACCGCAAACUGAAAAAAGCCCGGCCAAUCACAUCGGAGGAGUCGGACUACCUCAUCAACGGAAUGUACCUGUAGCGCACAGGCAAGGACUCGAGCUGUUCCAAAUUUCCAGGGUCAGCCGGAACACCCAGUGCGUUCGCCCGCCACUCGCAGAGUGCAUCCAUUAAUUAAGCAGCUUCUGUCUCCCCUCUGCCAUCUAUAGAGGGGUGUGGCCAGGGAACCCGCUGCAUUAGUGGCUUGAGUAACCCCGCCCCCGACCCUUCAGUGUUGACAGAACCACUGUAAAGAUGACAGGAGCCAGUCAGUUACCACAUGGACUGUGUUCGCCAAUCAAAAAAGAGAGACGGUCUUUUCCUCUCCACCACUUCUCUUAAUGUUUUAGUGUACAUUAUGUCGGUUUGUGCAAGAGAAAAAGAAACUAUUGGCCUUUGGUGUACCCCCGUCCUCUUUGCAGCUUUGUAACAGCUGAUUUAUAAAUAAUUACACAAAAAUGUCACUGGGUGGCACUUGUGUUGUUUGUGCCAAACAGCCAGCCCUUCAUUUUUAAAAUAUUAAUGUUGCCCAUGUCACAGUUCUGAAUGAUUUUUGUGAUGAACGGUAACACACUUCACUGCAUUUCAAAUUAAAUGGUUCCCUUAGCCUUGUAAAAUAGCUGCAACCCAUACUGCUGCUAAAGUUUUCUGUCCCUCAGGGAUUAAGAACAGGUGAAAUGCGAUAUGGCUCCUCCUCUGAAGAACUGAAAAACUUCAAAAUAGUAGAUUACCAAAUCAGGUUGAUAGCUUUGGUCUUGUUUUCCAUGACUGCUAGCUCUUACAUGGCAGACACUGCAGAGACCGGCAGAUCCAUAAAUGCUGAUUAAAUGUAGACACAAAUCCUGUAUAGAUAUGUUCGGUAUCUCAAGUUGCGUUAUCCUUCUUCUGUGCAUUUUCUACUUCAAAAAUUGCCAAUUGUGCUAGUGAAAUGGCUGUUUCUCUAUAACCAUGAAUAGACACAUAUAAACUAUGAAUUGUAUAUGUUGUAUGUACAUCUCUAAAUUGUGAAGUCUGUAUGCAUAUCUAUUUAAGAACUAUUAAAUUAUCCUGAUAUGUC